AUGUACAAAAUUAAUAUGCAUUGCGCUUUAGAAAUAAUUCAUAUUUCUCCUCCAUUUUCGUCAAAAGUGGAGAAGUCUCAUGAAUGUGCUACAGACAUUGGUAAUGGCUAUGUUUGGGCCGCAAACUAUGGAACUUUGGUUAAAUUUGAUGGAACUUCUUGGACGGAAGUAUCGACGAGAGGAGCAGAACUCCAUAGUACCGGAAUACAAAUAUGGAAGGGCUUUCCGCUAGUGAUUGGUGGUGGCUUGCCGGAAGGUGGCGUAGUUGAUACCGUCGAAUAUUUUACAUAUGGCGACAAGAAUCGAUGGAGGACAAAAUCCAGUUUACCUAAAGGAGUUAAGUCGCUCUCGUCUAUAAAUAUUGAAAGUGCAGUGAUAACAGUUGGAGGUCUGACGUACGUGGAUGGAACAAGCCAACGAGUUGGUGAAAUAUUCAGCUUCAAAGGUGACGCCUGGACAAUUGCUGGCAACUUAUUGACUGCAAGAAACCAAUUAUCAAUAUUCAAGCUGUCAAGUUCAACGUUUUAUGUCAUCGGAGGUUGGGGAGAUAACGGAACCUCACAACCUGGCAAAUUAGCCGUCGAAAAAGUAUCGAUCGCGCUGGACACCGCGUCUUCUGAAGAGGAAAGCAAAGGAAGAGCUUGGAGAAACGGAAGAGUCGAGAGAAAAUGCUUAGCAGAACUAAGAGUUCAUUCUAAUAUUACCGCUGAAUAUGGAGGCUCUAUAAAACCCUCUGAAGACGAAGAUUUGAUCAAAUUCCUGCGUGCACGAAAAUUCGACGUUCAAAAAGCUGCUGAUUUAUUCCGUUCGUAUCAUACAAAACGCCUUGCGCUUCAUGAUUUCAGCAAAUUACAGAGUCCAUCCUCUUAUAAGGACUAUUUGAAGACGUUGGCGCAGAACUUUGGAGAAUAUAUCGCUGUCUUAGAUAGAUCAGAUACACAAGGAAGAAGAAUCAUUAUUUGCAGAGAAAGCGCAUCUUUCGAGUCAAGCGAGUCAGCCGAUGCUAAUAGACCCAGCACUUUGUGGUUCUUUCUUAUCCUCGACUGGCUCCUCGCUACGUGCAAAGAUAUGCAAGUCAAUGGCAUUGUGGUUAUUACAGACAUGAAGGACUUUUCGCUGUCCCAGUUUCAAUGGCUCUUGACGCAUCCUGGAGCUCUCAAAGAACGAAUCACCAGCAUUCAAGAUGGUGUACCCAUGAGAAUUAAGUCAAUCAGAAUCGCAAAUGAACCAAUGAUUUUCUCAAUGGUCUACGCUCUGGUCUCGCCUUUUCUGAAGCAAAAGCUCCGACAAAGAAUAAAAACUGUGUCAACUCGAUACGAAGAAAUUUACAAAAUUCUCGACGGAAGUAAUAACGAAAAUAACGACUGGAAGAAGAUUAUGCCAAAAUCAGUCGGCGGGAAAAUGUCCUGGUCCGAGUUGACAGAUUCAACUGUGAAAAACGUGCUCGAUUAUUAUCUCCAAUUUGACUCGAUUGAGUGA